AACGUCAUAUUUGGUUUCCCAGGCGUGUAGAAUUAGGACUCUACUUUUGUAUGCAUUUUAAUUGGCCACUUCUAGUCUCCGGUUGCCAUUAUCAGUAACUGAUAAACCACUAUACGAAGCAUUUAUAACCACUUAUCAGCUGUCACUGUAUUAUACAAGUCAUAUAAUUUAUCAAGAACAUUAUUUGUGAUCAAAUUGUGAACAGACAAUGUCUACUCGUCUUACUUUUUCUGCUGGAAAAAGACCGAACAGAACCGUUUAUAACCUACCAGAAUAUGAAGCCAACGUAACGCCAUCAGCAAAACAGAAACCAAACCAAAAGCCAAGUGAUGUUACCAAGGUGACGUCAGAGGCAAAUCCUCAGUCGCCAAACAGCUCCAAGACGGUUAACAGCCCAAAAAUAUCCGAAUCCAAAGUAACGGAACCAAAAACUGUGUUGCCUACAAAUUUACCUUUAGAAAACCAAAAGCCAAGUGAUGUGAUCACAGUGACGCCAGAGGCAAAUCCUCAGUCGCCAAACAGCUCCAAGACAGUUAACAGCCCAAAAAUAUCUGAAUCCAAAGUAACGGAACCAAAAACUGUGUUGCCUACAAAUUUACCUUUAGAAAACCAAAAGCCAAGUGAUGUGAUCACAGUGACGCCAGAGGCAAAUCCUCAGUCGCCAAACAGCUCCAAGACAGUUAACAGCCCAAAAAUAUCGGAAUCCAAAGUAACAGAAUCAACAAAUGUGUUGCCAAGAGCUGUAAAUCAAAAAGAACAACAAACAAAAAAUGAGAUAUUACCGUCAAGGAAAUUUUCACAACCAAAAAGAAUAAAUAUUAAGGAAGAUACAACGAACACUAGACCAUUAAGCAAAUAUGCAAAAACAUACGAAUUAGAGAAAUUAUUGAUAAUUAUCAACCAAUAUGACAUAAUUGGGUACAAAGAGCCUCGUUGGGGUACAGAAAAAGAUGUUAGCGCUUUAACAAACACGUUUAAGAAAUUCGGAUUUGAGAUUGAAUUACAUGAAGAAAAAACGGUGUCGGAAGUGUCUACGCUGCUGGGAACGUUUGACCAUCGUAAUUUCUCGGAAUAUGGUUGUGUGGCAAUUGUAGUUCUUACUCAUGGGAGAAAGGGUGGCUACUUACACGCCAAGGACGGCCUUUACCACGAAUACCAUCUAUUAAAUGCAUUUAAAACGCAGGAUAGGCCUUCCUUGGUGACAAAACCAAAGCUUCUAAUUAUUCAGGCCUGCCGUGGUGAACAGUCUGUAGAGGGUGUUAACGUUGGCACACCAAGUACUAUUAAAAAAGACUCGACCUCUUUUGAACCAUAUCUAUUACCAAGUGAAACAGACAUUUAUGUUCUCCACAGUUCUUACGAGGGAAAACCUUCGCACAGAGACAUAUUCGACGGUUCUUGGCUAAUUCAGACAUUGUGUAAAAAGAUAAAUGAAUUAGCGCCAACCCACGACUUGGCCAGUAUAGUCACUGAGGUGAAGCAAGAAGUGGCAGUCGAUUUUUGCUUUGAAGAAUAUAACACAGAAACAUUAAAAAUGGAGACGAACACACAAGUGCCUGUAGACACGUCGACGCUUAUUCGGAAGUUAUAUUUUCGGAAGUAUGGUGAAGCACCGAUUUCUGGGAUACCGACUACUCCUGAUAUAGGAUUGGAAAAAUGCUCAUGCUUGAAGGACUAUUUCGCAUACAUAAGGACGUGUUUGCGGUUGCAUUUGAAACAAAAUCCUGGUGAUGCCAUUACGGAGUACUUCAUCACAGCGUCAGAAUCGUUGGAAAGCUGUUCCGAUACGAGCGAUAAAGAAAAAAUUACGAAGGCCAUUGUGAAUUACUUAAGCUUGAACAGCAAACAAAGCUUAUUCUACAAGAGUAUUCAUUUUCAAAAUUAAUCGUAGUCAAGUAAUGAUUGAUGAUAUUUUAUCAGCAUUUGAGAGGCUUGCUGACUCACAACUGUGUAUGUUACGUUGAGAAAUUUAGGUAAUUGUAAUUCGAUCAAUACCGGAACAAACUUGUGCCUGAAGUGAAAACUCUGGUACGUGGACUCUCGGACUGAGUUCGACUAAAUCUAGUCCAAUUAACUGUCUUGGGUAACCCCAAGAUAUCCAAGAAGACAGAAGUUUGUGCGUAUUCCGCUAAAAAUGCUCUCUUCGAAGAUACUCUUGCGUUGAGUGUUGACAUAUCGAAUGACGUUCAGUUUUGCGAUCAUUUGGGUGGGAAGGCUA